CGCAACCUCGCAACUCACGUGACGUGCUCUGAGCUGAAGUUGAAAACAUUGUCCAUGAUAUUGCUCUGUCUCUGUAUUUCGAAUGCAAAAUACAUUUUUCUAAACGUUUUUUUUUUUUACCUAGAUUGAUAAAACAAAGAUAAUAUACGUUUUACGGAUCAUCUUAAUUCCCUUAAGUGCUGUUUACUCAACCAUCACACUUACUGUAUUUAAAGUGACAAGCGAGCCUUCAAUUUAAGGCUUAGGAGAACAGUAAACAAGCGUGUAAUGGCGACUGAGAUUGAAGCAUGGACUACUGGCCCUCAAAACGACGGAGUUUUCCCAUUGGAGCCAGAGCUGGAUGAGCAGAAUGGGUUGUAUGGCAGUGAGGAUCUGAAUGAGUUGGAAGUGAAUGGGAAUUGGACCCCUCAGGAAAAGGCCCUGCAUGAGGCCAGACUGAAAGCGAAGGCUAAACGCCGCCUACGCAAAUCAUCCUCCCGAGACUCCACCCGGGAAUCGUUCUCUGACUCGGUUGCAGGAGAGGUGUCUACUGAUCCACACAGCCCCAAGGGCAAAAAUGCUGUAAAUGACAGAAAGUCACGGACAGGAAAAGGUCGGGGAUUGCCCAAAAAAGGUGGAGCGGGUGGUAAAGGUGUUUGGGGGGCAGCGGGCAUGGUGUAUGAGGUGGAGGAACCAGACUCCAAAGACCCCAACUAUGAUGAAUCUGCUCAGGGAGACACCGUAUAUGCCACAGUAGUACCUGAGCUAGAUGAGAAAGAACUUGAGAAGACCAUCAACCCCAUUGUGCAGGAGUACUUUGAGCACGGAGACACCAAAGAAGUGGAGAUGUUACUCAAAGAGCUGAACCUGGGCCAUAACAGAUACGAGUUCUCCUCUCUGGCUGUGUCUCUGUCUCUGGAAGGCAAAGCCAGCCACAGGGAGCUCACAUCACGGCUUCUCUCGGACCUGUCUGGGAAAGUUCUGUCUGAGAAUGACAUGGCACGUGCAUUUGACAAAAUGCUUAAAGAGCUGCCAGACCUCAUCCUGGAUACACCAGAAGCCCCACAGAUGCUUGGGCAGUUUAUUGCUCGAGCCAUUGCUGACCACGCUUUACCCAUGAGUUUCCUCGACUGUUACAAAGGCAAGGUGGAUUGUGACCAUGCCAGAGCUGCACUGGACAGAGCAUCAGUUCUGCUCUCCAUGAAGACGAAAAUCAUGCGGCUUGAUAAUGUGUGGGGAGUUGGCGGCGGCCAGAGGCCUGUCAAACAUCUCAUCAAAGAGAUGAACCUGUUGCUGAAAGAGUACCUGGUUUCAGGUGAGCUAUCUGAAGCCGAGCACUGUUUGCGAGAUCUAGAAGUGCCACACUUCCAUCAUGAACUGGUCUAUGAGGCUGUGGUGAUGGUACUGGAGUCUACAGGUGACACGGCCUUACAGAUGAUGGUCAAGCUCCUGAAGGCUUUUUGGCAAACUGGCCUAAUCACUCUGGACCAGAUGAACAGGGGCUUCGAGCGUGUGUACGAUGAGCUGCCAGAGAUCAACCUGGAUGUGCCUCAUGCACAAUCCAUCAUGGAAACCUUUGUGGACCUCUGUUUCCAGGAGUCAGUCAUCACUAAACAGCUGAGAGAUUCCUGUCCAACCAGGGGGCGUAAGCGCUUUGUGAGUGAGGGUGAUGGAGGGAUCGUGAAAAGCUAGACGAAUCACAAGAGUUCUGGCAGGCCCCUAAUGCUGAACAGGCAACUUCUCCGGGUAUCUGUCCUCACUGUAAUCAUCGUUCAUCCCGUUCAUGAGUACACAGAAAUAUUCAGCGUCAGAAACGCUAUUCUCAUUUAGAAGAGUGACAACUGGGAAAUGCUGUUCUCUCCUCCUUUAUGCAAGGCUUGUUUUCGAUUUGUUAUAAUUGUGUUUGUGCAGCUUAAGUGCUGCAGAGAAAGAAAGGAGAGAGGGAAAAUCAGCACUGUGACUUCAGACAGCCAAUAAAUACAGUUUGGGAUGAGGGAUUUUCAGUCUUUUUCAGUUCAAGUUGCUCCUAUGCUAUUAUAACAAGUGUUCACAUGAUAGUGUUCACAGUGGUCCCUCAAUCUUUUGCUUUCCUUGCCAUGUAAUGUAUAAAAUAUAAAGCACAAAAAAACUAAGGUAUUAAAGAAUUGUGCUGUUCAAAUGAAGCCCUUAAUCACAAAUUAUUGGGCCAAAAAGCAAUAUUUUGCAAAGCGAUUGGGGUCACGUUUAUUGGUUUUAUGUUGCAUGUUUAGCUGCCAUUUUUUUUUUCUUACUCAAUUAUUGCACAAAAAAAAAAAAACAUCACCAUGAUUGUAACAAGAUUGUGGAGCUUUCUUAGUUAACUGUUUAUUGACUCUGGUUAUUUUCAGUUGGAUUUUCCAUCAUGCUUAUUGUGUUUUUUUUUGUUUUUUUUUCAAAUGCAUUUCAAGCAAACUAAUUCCAUUUCUGGCUAGUUUGGGCUCUACAUCAAGAAGGUUUUUGUAUGUUUUAGCUGCCAACGUAUGGAGGUAACAGCAUCAUCACCACACUUUCUGGCUGAUGCCUGUGAUACUACAAUCUUUGGUUGUUUCUCAUUUUCAUAGCAGCAUAAUUUCGUACCCUCUCUGUCUGAUGGUGUAAUUGAGAACAAUCUUUUACUUUUCUGUUCUUGUGUUGAAGUGGACAACAAAAUCAGUUCAGUUAAGCUUACUAUUAUGAUAAAUUCAUUGUGUACCAUUUUUGUUAGUGGUAAGCAUCAUUUUAAGCAAAUACCACCCAUCUCAAUCAGUACUUUAAAUAUCUCAAAUUAACCAAAAUGACUUUUGUACAUGAAAUCAGUCUUUGUAUCUGUUUGUACAUGGGACACUUUUUCAAAAGUGAAUUCAUUAUUUUUGUCAACAAGCAGUUCGAGAAUCCAGCAUUUUGACUAAUUUCAAUAAAAAUGUGCAUGUUUCA